AUGACCGAAUAUAAGGCUGUAAUCAAAAAAGACAUUGGAUAUGGCUUCUGCUGCCGUACCGGCAAUCAGGAACCUGCAGAUGAUAAGCAAGGUCACCUUGUAAUGGAAAUUGGCCAGCGCAGUUUUGCUUAUGCAGCUGUAGACACGGAGGGCAAUUUGCAGCACCUGCGUGUAUAUGAAAUGGACGCGCGCAACACGGGCGAAUGGUGCGAUGAAUGGCGUGCGCUUUUGAAAGCAGACGACUGGCUGAAAUAUGGCCCCGAAAAAAAGACAAUUGUAUACAAUUUGCCCGAGAGCCAGAUGGUGCCCGAACAAUAUUAUUCGGCAGCUGCAGGCAAAGACAUGGUAGCAUUGUUUCAUGGAGACAUAAACAGUGGAAUUACGCUCUGCGAAAGAAUAGAGGGGCAACCACGCAUCUGGUCGCAACAGGAUGAAAAAAAACAGGCGCAGCACACAGACUAUAUUACUGCUGUAUUUUAUCCUAACCGCAUACUGGCAGGGGUAGUCAAAGGCAAUCAACUGCAGCUGGUACAGAGUUUUGUGUAUGAAGCCGCAGAAGACGUAGGUCCGCCUUAUGCCCUGGAGACCAUUGACAAGCUGCCGCAGUUGAUAGCAGAGAAAAAACUACUUAAACCCGGAGUCUUGCAUCAGCCUAUUUUCAUCACCGGUAUUGGAACAGGAAUUGGUAAAACCCUGGUAGCAGCAGUGGUGGCCCAGGCCCUGCAGGCGGCGUAUUGGAAGCCUGUACAGGCGGGCGUGGAAGAUGGUACUGACAGUCAACUGGUGGAAACGCUUUUGUCAGGACCUUCUCCGGGAGUAUACCCGGAACUGUACAAACUGCAACUGGCCGCUUCUCCGCAUAUAGCAGCCAGGAAGGAAGCCGUCACCAUCCGUCUUGCGGAUAUAAAAGGGCGGCUGGAGGAAAUCAAUAGUUCCGCCCAGCAGCAACCCCUGGUGAUAGAAGGCGCAGGCGGGUUGAUGGUGCCCUUAAAUGAUCGCGAAUUUGUGGCCGAUUUGAUAAAGCAGCUGCAGGCCAGGACCGUUGCCCUGUUGAAAACACAGGGCAUUGCGAUGGCGGAUGCGGUUAUUAUUGCCACCAAUGGAUGGACAACAGGUGAUUUAAUGGCUGCGGUGCGCGACAAGCCCGUAAGUACUGAUUACGAUGUAGUGAGCCUGCUCAUUGGGGUUAAUAAUCAAUACCGCGGCGGCAGCAUAGAAGAAUACCGGCAGCAGUUUACCGUAUUGCUGCAACGUUCCAUACAACUGGCCAACGGCAAGCCCAAUCAUGUGGUGGUGCUGUCUAUUCCUGAUUACUCAGUAACACCUUUUGCCAGCGGCAGCAAUAAACAGCAAAUUGCACGGGAGAUUGAUGCUUUUAACGAAGCCAAUAAGAUGAUUGCUGCAGAUUAUAAAGUACACUAUCUCUAUAUCACCGAUGAAUCGAGAAAAGCCGCUGCUGAUCCUUCACUGGUGAAACUGCCGGGCUUUACCGGUUAUGCGUUACCGGCAGAAACGGGUACUGAAGAAGAGGAGAGUCUCCUGUUCAGCGAAAAGGAUGGGCUGCACAACUGGACCAAUGCAAGGCAAAAACUGCAGUAUUUUUUUAACGUGGGCAGCAGCGGGUCGCUGAUGCUCAGCCUCUGGGCAAAAAAUGCCCGGGUGGGUACGGUGCUGCAGGUGCGCAUUGCCGGUAAAAAAUUUGCGGUAAAUGUGCCGGCCAGUAGUGUUUUCAGGAAGCUGAAACUGGGCACUGUUGCUGGUAUUCAUCCCGGGUUUUAUACCAUUGAAAUUACAGCACUGAAAAAAGCAGGCUCCACCAUCGCUGCCAUUCAGUCUGUAGAACUGGAAGGCAGCGCGGCCGCAGGUAUACAGUUUAACGCAAAGCCAAGGCGCAAUGCGGCGUCUGUUCAUUUGAAGUAUCCCGUUGCAGACAGCGCUAAAGUGGUUUCUUUUUACAGCGAACUGAUGGUGCCUGCGGGGGCAGAUCCGCUCUACACCUAUUACAUGGCCGAUGGUUUUGCAAGGGGCUAUUUCGGGAUGCAGGGCGUUAAUGGACAGCUUUCGCGUAAAGCUUUUUUCGGCAAUCAAUGGAUACGGCAGGAAAAUGGACAGUGGACUGCGCUUACAAAAGCCAGUUUUUCUUAUGAUGCUACGGGCAGGGCAAAAGACAGGAUUGAUUACGGUGCAGGUACCGAUGGCGAUAAAUUCUAUUUGUGGAACGGCGGGUUUCAGCCGGCCAAUAUAAAGUUUGGCGAUACGCUGUUGCGCAAUGGAGCCGCCAGCACACCUGUAAUUGAUUUUUACCGGAACGCCGACAGUGCUGUGCAGGCAGCUACAGAUAAGCGCCUGAUAGCGGAAAGGAUUGCCAAUGGAAAAUUAGAUACCACCGGUUCCGUGGGCGGCGUGUUUUAUAAAAUGUUGAAAGAGGGUACCGGUAGAAAUAUAAAGGUUACGGAUACCGUGAUUGCAUAUUACAAAGGCAGCCUGCUAAACGGGACGGUAUUUGAUCAAACCAUAGAAAAGCCGGCAUCUUUUCCGCUGGGCCGUUUAAUAAAAGGCUGGCAAAUUGGAUUGCCGGUGUGCAGAAUAGGCGGAAAAAUCCAAUUGAUCAUUCCUUCUAACCUGGGCUAUGGUAUCCGCAGCCGUUCCUCAAAGAUACCGGUGAACAGUGUAUUGGUGUUUGAGAUUGAGGUGGUGGAUGCGAAGAGAAGCAUUGUUUUGGGUGGUUUCUUCCGUGCCGGCGGUAUUCUUGUUGUAGAGAUAAUACCCACCCCAGCCAAUAAGGCCAAGUGUUACAGCAAUGGCCAGCAACACCAUGAAUUUGCCGCUGUUCACAUUGCCGCUGCUGCUGCGCGGCGAUUCACUGUCGUAGGCUGA